CGCGGUUGCCGCGGUCGAGCGCAGGCGAGAGGAAUUUUCCCUGUGAACACCUUAGGGCUCAGUUCAGCUCCUGUCCAUACAGGUCGGCGAGAGUGUCUGCUCUCGCCGUUCUCCUACCGCUCACCCGCCAGUCUAAGCGCUCCCAGCCCUCCCGCGAGGGCGCCCCGGGACGGAAGAAUCCACCAGCCUGUCGGCGCCAGCCGUUCUCGUGGUCGCCGUCGCAGUCGUCGUUGUGGUAGUCUCUGCUGUCGCCUGGGCCAUGGCCAAUUACAUCCAUGUCCCGCCCGGCUCCCCGGAGGUUCCCAAGCUGAACGUUACUGUUCAGGAUCAGGAGGAGAAGCGCUGCCGGGAGGGGGCCCUGAGCCUCCUGCAACACCUGCGGCCCCACUGGGACCCCCAGGAGGUGACCCUGCAGCUCUUCACAGAUGGAAUCACAAAUAAACUUAUUGGCUGUUACGUGGGUAAUACAAUGGAGGAUGUAGUCCUGGUCAGAAUUUAUGGCAAUAAGACUGAGUUGUUAGUUGAUCGAGAUGAGGAAGUUAAGAGUUUCCGAGUGUUGCAGGCUCACGGCUGUGCACCACAGCUCUACUGCACCUUCAAUAAUGGACUAUGCUAUGAAUUUAUCCAGGGAGAAGCAUUGGAUCCAAAGCAUGUCUGCAACCCAGCCAUUUUCAGGCUAAUAGCUCGUCAGCUUGCUAAAAUCCAUGCUAUUCAUGCACACAAUGGCUGGAUUCCCAAAUCUAAUUUAUGGCUAAAGAUGGGAAAAUAUUUCUCUCUCAUUCCUACAGGAUUUGCAGAUGAAGACAUUAAUAAAAGGUUCCUAAGUGAUAUCCCAAGCCCUCAGAUUCUUCAGGAAGAGAUGACUUGGAUGAAGGAGAUUCUUUCUAACCUGGGCUCGCCGGUUGUACUUUGCCAUAAUGACCUAUUGUGUAAGAAUAUAAUCUACAAUGAGAAACAAGGUGAUGUACAGUUCAUUGAUUAUGAAUAUUCUGGAUACAACUACCUGGCAUAUGAUAUUGGAAAUCAUUUCAAUGAAUUUGCAGGUGUGAGUGAUGUAGACUAUAGUCUCUAUCCAGAUAGAGAACUACAGGGCCUGUGGCUGCGCUCUUACCUUGAAGCCUACAAAGAAUAUAAGGGCUUUGGGACAGAAGUUACUGAAAAGGAGGUAGAAAUACUCUUCAUUCAAGUCAAUCAGUUUGCUUUGGCUUCUCAUUUCUUUUGGGGAUUGUGGGCUUUGAUUCAAGCCAAAUACUCCACUAUCGAAUUUGAUUUCCUUGGGUAUGCAAUUGUUCGUUUUAACCAAUACUUCAAAAUGAAGCCUGAGGUUACUGCAUUAAAAGUGCCUGAGUAAAGAGGAGGUUUAGUUAUUCUUAUGUAGCUGGGCUAUCUUUGUGAAUCUUUUCUUAAGAAAUUCUGAAAAGCCAAUAUUUGUUAAAAUUUUGUUAUUUAAUCUGGUUAUUUUGCUUUACAAAUUAUGCCUCUAAACAACCAAUCUGUUUUUUACAUUUACUGAAUGAUGUCAAGAAAUAUACCUACUGUUAUCAGUAUGUACUGGAUUAGAAAUUUGUUAAAUCUGCAAAAAGUUAUACAGAUGUCAGUUUAAUCCUUUCUUUCUUAAUUUAAUCUAUGUUAUAUGUGAGUUAUUUAUUAGGAAUUUAACAUGAAUCUGCGACUGCUUUCAUCUGUUUCAUCUGGUUUGUUUAGAAUAAGCAAUGAAAAUGUUCCAGAAUAAGUUUUUAAAGUUUUACUUUAAUAAGAUUAAUUUUAGUAAGCAUUCUAGGUGUUCAGUAGAAACAUAUUAAACUUGAAACACUGUAAAUGAAAUGAAUAAUUUACUCUUGAAAUGCCAGUCAGUCACUGGUAUAGAUAGCUUAGGAUGUUCAUAAAAAAUACCUGUUUUGGAGAGCCAAAUACAUUUACU